AGUGUGCCAAUCAGCGGGCGCGGCUCAAAAUUCGAACGUCAACUCACGGGGAGAGUCGAAGGUGCUGCGAUAAAAUGGGUCAUUUCCCCGUCACAAACGCAUUUUACUGAGGCGAUAAUUUACACACCGAAUAGCUUUGGCAAUAAUAAUUUACCGAUCCGGAGCCAUGGUGAAAGAACGGGCUCAGAAGAAGUCCUUCCAGCAGAGUCUGGAGGACAUCAAGGAGAAGAUGAAGGAGAAGCGGAACAAACGGCUGGCCACUGCCUCGGCUCCCAGCAGAGGACGGUCCAGAAUAACCAACAAAAGCAGCGUGGCUAACUCCACCCACGCCAUCCUGAAGGGGGUCCAGCUGAAUAACAAGACGCUCGCCGUAGCCCUGCAAGCUGAAAAGGAGAAAGUGAGGCAGGCCAAUGCAGUGAUCCUGCAGCUGAAGAGGGAGCAACAGGCCCUGUUCCUCCACCUGCUCCUGCUCAAGAGGAAGCUCAAAGAGCAGGAAGCUCUGGCAGUGCAUGCUUCUGAGGUUAAACCUCCGAGCAUCUGCGCAGAACCUCAACCGCAAGUGAAUUCUGCAAGGAGGAAGCGGAGCAGCCAGAACCAUGAUGAGCCUGUGGUGUGUGAAGCGUCACCAAUUUGUGCAGACCCUCAGCCAUCUGAAAAGAAUGCUCGAUCUGAAUGUAACAAGCAGGCCACCUUGCCGUCUACGGUGGGUGUGAGGCGCCGUCAUGCAGACAGAAGGAGCCGGAGGAGGUCUGAGCAUGUGCGAGAGACAAGAUCAUUGAGUGAGGGGGAUCCUGUCGCAGGCUUGGGUGCCUUGAUAGCGAGUCCUAUUCUCAGUGACGAUGGAAAUCAGAACAAGCCCCCGCAAGGAGCAGAACCAGAUUUCGCAGACACUGUUGACAUGGAGGAGUGUCAGCAUUCGACCCCUGAACCUGCUCCACCUAAAAAACAACAGCGGCCCAGCAGGAAACAAGCGCAGCAGCAGCCCCGCACCAAACCAGAACCGGCUGCACGGAGACCAGAGAGAGGUCGCAAAGCAGAGCGAGCCCCUUUAAAGAAACCAUGGGAGAAUCCCAAACCCAGGGCCCGCUCCAAGAGUCGGGACCGGUCAGCCACGCGGGUCAAAACGGCUACUCGAACACAGGGGAAUAACCUCAACACCUCGCUGGGAUUUAAUGACACUUUCGACUUUGACUGCGAGGAGACGGUUCACGUCACGCCGUUCAGAGCCAAGGCGGAAGACAAUCAGUCUGCCACGCCCAUCAGCGAAGAGACUCCCGUGAGUGGCAGAGCCCAGACCAAAGCCUCCCCUGUGGCUCCCAAACAGGAUGAAUCCAGCCCGUCCUCACCGUCUUCUGAAUCAGAGGACAGCCUUUAUGUCCCUCAGAAGACUAGAAGGCGACAGGAGUCUCUCGACACGAACAAAGGGAUUACCACCCGCAGAGGCCGACCCUCUAAAAUCAUCACACGGAAAGAAAACAUCCCUCCAAAGCAAGAGAUCUCUGUCUUUAGAGAGGAGUCAACUCCUAAGGCUGCUGAGCCUGAAAAAGAAGAAGCUCAUCUGCAUCCUUCCCCUGAACCGAGCUUCUCUAACAGCCCUGACCCGGUGGAACAAAGACAACAAAGUCCCCAAGAGCCUCAUGGAGGGGAUAUUGAGAAGGAUUGUUUGCCUCCCGUCAGCCCUCUGGUAGAAGCCGAGAUGAUCAGAAUAGACAGCGUCCUGUCCAAUUUUGGAGAUUCGUCUGGGGAGGCUCCUUCUCUUGUACCCCAUCAAACACCCCAGCGGGUCAAGACAUGCAAGAAACGUGGGCUUGGUGUAAGGCCAGCGGGGCGGGGCUUGAGUCUGUGUGAUGUGACCAAUCUGUCCCCUGCAGCCUAUCGCAAGUUCUCCUGUGGUGGCUCACGCCCCUCCGACGCCAGAUGCUCCACCCCCGUUCCGUCCCGGAAACGGCGCUGCACCAUGGUGGUGGACUACAAGGAGCCCACACUCAAUGCGAAACUUCGGCGUGGAGACAAAUUCACAGACCUGCAGUUCCUCCGCUCACCUAUUUUCAAGCAGAAGUCAGGCAGCAGGAAGUCCGUGCAGUCAUCAAGGAACUCCAUGAGCAGCCAGCAGUCUUUAAAGAAAUACAACGAGUCAUUUGUCGGAUGUCGCUGAGAGCAGCUACCUGGUUUGUCCUUUUUGAACCCACACUGUUGGCUGGCAUUGCCUGUUUUAAUGUGAUCAUUUUGUAAUACCGUGCUCACUCUUAGAUGUAAUUUAUGUGACGUCGUCGGCUGCUUACUAUGCAGAGAUUUUGUCUUUUUAUCUUUUCCUUUCGUUUCCAUUAUCGCUAAGCUAAAUGUAGUGAUGGCUAUUAUAUGAAGAUGGCAUGAUUUUCCAAUUAUAAAUGCCCUCAUCUUCAUCUUCUCCUUUUUAUUGAGAUCCUGAAUAUGAGUGUAUAUCAUUGUGAUUUAAUAAAUUCCACCUUGUAUCUUUGUCCAUCGUAUUUUGUACUGUGUGAUGUCACAUUUCAUUUCUUAAUUUGCUCUAUUGCUUGAUAUACUUUGACUGCAGUAGAAUGACCAUGAAAUAAAUGAAUGAGUUUUA